AUGCCAUUUAAUAAUCCUACUCAAAGCUUUGCUGGUCAAAAUCAAGCGCCAGCCAAUAUUCCUGCUAAGAAUUUUAUUAGGCAAAAUACAAAGUCAACUAAUAAUCUUGCUGUCACUCAAUAUCCAAUGCCAAUUAAUAACUCUGCUGGCAAAAAUCAAAUGCCAUCUAAUAAUCCUACUCAAAACUUUAUCAGUCAAAAUCAAAUACCAACUAAAUAUCCUACUCAGAAUGUUACCGGUCAAAAUCAAGUGCUAGUUAAUAUCAAUGCUAAGAAUUCUAUUAGACAAAAUACAAUACCAACUAAUAAUCUUGGUCAGAACUUUGUCACUCAAUAUCCAAUUCCUCUAAUGCCAAUUAAUAACUUUGCUGUGCCAGUUAAUAUCCCUGCUAAGAAUCCUAUUAGACAAAAUACAAUACCAACUAAUAAUCUUGCUCAAAAUUUUGUCGCUCAAUGUCCAAUGCCAAUUAAUAACUUCGUUGGUAAAAAUUAUUUACCAAAUGGUUUUAUUCAAAAUAAAGCAUUCAAAUUUACUCAACAACCAUUUACUCCCUUUACUAAUGGAAACCGUGCCAAUUUUACUAGCGCUAUAAAUUGCCCACUGAUACAACGAUGCCAUGAGGUUAAGGAAAGAUAUGAAGAAGAAUAUGGAAAUCUGUUGGGCUAUCACGCUGGAUUUGGUGACAUUAAAGGAUUACGUCAUCAUUUUACCUAUGGUGCGAAUGUUAAUGGAAUUUUUCGUUUCACAAAUACCAUGGAACAUCUUGUAAUUAUCGCCGCAAAAUAUUGUAAUAGUAGGUGGAAAUUGAUUGAGAUAUUUAAACUUUUGAAAGAAUAUAACGCAAAUUUCAAAUAUGUUUCAAGAAGCACUGGAAAAAUUGCAUUGCAUUAUUUAUACGAAAACUCAUCCUUUACCAGAGAACUCAAUGAUCAUAUAGGAUUACAAAAGUUUCAUUUGUAUAUGAAAGAAACAAUAGAGUUUUUAGUAAACAAUGGUUGUGAUAUUAAUGCUAAGGAAAAUUUUAAGCAUACAAUAUUAUCGUACUAUUUAUGUGACAGAUUUAGACACAAGGAGUACGCACCAAUUAUUCUCUUUUUAUUAAAAAAAGGAGCAAAUCCAAAUAUCCCAUCAGGAAUCACAGCAGUAUCUCCUUAUAAUGCACCUAAUGCAUUAUUUUUGGCCGUAAAGAUAGGUUGGCCAAUCGAGGUGCUUAAUGGACUACUUGAUUACGGAGCAAAGGGUGACAUAAAAGAUCAUCAUGGAGAGAAUCUGUUAGUUUUGGCUGCUAGAGAAAAGCAAUCUGCUGCAAUUGAUUUGAUAUUGGAAACUAUCCCUGAAGCUAGUGCUAGUGACUGCAUAGAUUUUGCUAUGAAGCUCUUAGAUAAAAAAGACAGGAACAAACUUUCGAAAUGGAAAGGACCUGAAGGAGAGAUCAAACGACGAUUAAUUCAAGAAAAUUUAGAACUUAAGAGGCAGUUAAGAACAAUAAACGAAUCUUUGUAA